AUGCAAGAUUAUUGUAAUACUUGUGGUAAUGGUGGUCAAUUAAUGUGUUGUGAUUCUUGUCCAAGAGCUUUCCAUUUCACGUGUUUAGUUCCUCCACUUGAUAUUGACAAUACACCACAAGGAAAUUGGUAUUGUAGGGUUUGUUGUGCAGAGGAAAAUCCACCAUCAGGUCCACAAGGCUUAUUUCAAGAAUUAAUAGAAAAAGCAUGUUCAUCUAAUCCUAAAUCUUUUUCACUUCCUGAAAGUUUAAGAAAUACUUUUGAAGGAGAAUACGAUUAUUGUGAAUUUCGCAAAGAUGAAUUUGGUCAAUGGAAAAAAUGCUAUAUAUGUGAAAAAGGUCCUUGUCAAACACAACCAAUGAUUUCAUGUGACUAUUGUUCACUUAGUUGGCAUUUUGAUUGUUUGGAUCCACCUAUGGUGAUACGUCCACCAAUUAGCAAAAGGUGGAUGUGUCCUGCUCAUGCUGAUCAUAUUUUGCCACCUACAAGGAAAUUUAAAUCUGAUAAAAACCUUCCCUUUUCAGACAAUACUAUAGUUCAAUUACCUCGAAAAAAUUUAGUUGAAUGUGAUCCUGAAUUUUUCCUUAAUGAUAGAAAACAUCGGGUACCAAAACAAGGUUCUUUUGGAAAUCAUGCUUAUUUUACGUGA